AUGCCUCCCAACCCAGCAGGCACCAAGCCUGGCCAGAAGUCCACCGAGACGCCUAAAUCCAACGACCGCAACGAAUACAUCCCCUCUUUCAUCGCCAAGAAACCCUUCUACAUCGACGACAACACCGCCUCAGAUGCCGACUACCUCGAACAUCAACGUCUCCAGCAGCAAAAGAACCAUGAUCCACUCGCGACAUCGCAAUGGUACGACCGCGGCAAGAAGACUGCGCCAGCCGCGACCAAAUACCGCAAAGGCGCCUGUGAGAACUGCGGAUCCAUGAGCCACAAAGCGAAGGACUGUCUACAGCGGGCGCGGAAGAAGGGCGCAAAGUGGACGGGCAGGGAUAUUGCGGCCGAUGAGAAGGUGAGCGAUGUGAAGCUGGGCUGGGAUGCGAAGCGCGAUCGGUGGAAUGGAUUCGAGGCGACAGAGUACAAGCAGGUGAUCGAGGAGUACAACGCGAUCGAGGACAUGAAGAAGGCCGUGGAGGCGAAAGAUGGUGAAGACGAUGAGAAUGCGGACGGUGAUCGGUAUGAGGCAGAGACGGAUAUGGGUCGGAAGCAGGCGACGAGCACACGAAACCUGCGCUUACGAGAAGAUACUGCGAAAUAUUUGGUCAACCUCGAUCUCGAAAGCGCCAAGUACGAUCCAAAGACGAGGAGUAUGAUUGAUCAAGAUCCGGCCGACAGCCUCGAAGCAGAAGAUGGUUUCGCGAAAGCCUCGGGCGAUGCAGCAGAGUUUGAGCGAGCCUCACGAUAUGCCUGGGAGACACAAGAGCGCGGCGACAAGGACAAAAUACACAUGCAAGCAAACCCCACAGAGGCGCUGCUCAUCCGGAAACGAAAGGCAGAGGAGGACAUUCAACGCAAAGAGGCGCAGAAGAAGAUGCUCACAGACAAGUACGGCUCGCAAGACACCAUCUCCAAGAAGCCUGCUGUGGCCGCGGCAGUCGCUGCGAACGAGCGAUAUGUCGAGUAUGAUGAGCGGGGCAAGAUCAAGGGCCAAGCAGAGAAGAAGGAGAAGAGCAUGUACGCCGAAGACGUCCUCAUCAACAACCACACCUCCGUCUGGGGAUCGUGGUGGAAGAACUUCCAAUGGGGCUACUCCUGCUGUCACAGUACCGUCAAGAACUCCUUCUGCACCGGCGAGGAAGGCAAGCACGCCUUUGCAGAAUCCGAACGUUUCAGUCGAGGUCUUACUCUACCUUCUGCAGAAGAUGCGGGUAACGCGGAAGAGGUCGACAAGGAGGAUGCUGCAGUGGAAGAGGUGAGGCAGGAGAAGCAUGUACCAAAUGGUGUGGAUAAGCCGGAGAAAGAGAAUAUGGAUGAGUCGAGGAGGAGGUUGGAGGAGUUGAAGGCGGGGGUUACCGAGGCGGAGAUGGAGAAGUACAGGAGGGAGAGGACGAACCAGAAUGAUCCGAUGGCGAAGAUGUUGGGGAAGGAUGAGUUGCUGGAUGUCUGA